CGGCGAAUAUCUCCUCCAUCGUGUUUCUGGUCAAGAUAUCCUAUUCAACGCAGAAUACGAACACUCCGAUGCACAUGCUACAUGUGAGAAAUGCGAUAUAGAUCAAGUGAUAGCCAGACCACCUCGAGAUACUCGCUGUCCAGUAAUUCAUUAUGGGACAAUCGCGUCAGGAAACCAAGUGAUUAAGCAUGCAAAGACACGAGACAGAGUUGCUCAAGAGCUGGGAGCUCUUUGCUUUGAGAUGGAAGCUUCCGGUCUUAUGAAUGAUUUCCCUUCUCUGGCGAUUCGUGGCAUCUGUGAUUACUCAGAUUCCCAUAAAAAUAAGCAAUGGCAGGAUUACGCAGCAGCGACUGCAGCAGCGUAUGCGAAGGAGCUUCUACAACUUGUUUUACUCCCAGAAGAGGUCAAUUUCCCAUCUACUGCUUUAGAAGAAUCUACUACUUUAAAAGAACUCAUCCCGAAAAGGAGGCUGUGGGUCAACUCCCUCAGAUUUGACCAAAUACAAACACGAAAAGACACAAUCAGGCUUGCGCAUGCCGGAACAUGCAAAUGGCUGCAAGAACACCAGAUAUACCAGCAUUGGCUUGAUGCGAGCAAACUACCAGAGCACCAUGGCUUCUUGUGGAUUAAAGGAAAGCCAGGGACUGGGAAAUCGACAAUUAUGAAGUAUGCUUUUGAGCAUACCCAGAAAAAUUUCAGCAUAAAUGACACAGUAAUCAUAUCAUUUUUCUUCAACGCUCGUGGGGGGGGCUUAGAGAAAUCGACGCUGGGAAUGUACCGCUCUUUGCUAUUACAACUUUUCCUCGCUGUCCCCGAAGCCCAAAGUGUUCUCGACACCAUUGGACUACCUAUUCAGAGCAACACUGACAAGCUUGUCUGGGACCUUGCUAGACUGCAAAGUUUAUUCCUUUCAACUGUCAAGGCGCUCCGACAGAAAGCUGUGAUAUGCUUUAUUGAUGCUCUCGACGAAUGUGACGAGGACGAGGUACGAGACAUGGUCGACUUCCUAGCUGAUCUGAGUGAGACGACAGAGCUAUCCUUGGGAGCCCUCCAUAUCUGUUUUGCUAGUCGGCAUUAUCCCCAUAUUACCUUUGACAAAGGCUUAGAGCUCAUCCUUGAGAAUCAACAAGGCCAUUCCCAAGACUUGGGCAAAUAUCUAAAUAGCAAGCUGUCUGGGAUCAAGCAUCAGACAGUGGACGAGGUGAAACAGGAGAUCCUGGAGAAAGCAUCCGGUAUCUUUUUAUGGGUUGUUCUCGUUGUGGACAUUUUGAGGAAAGCGUACGAUCAAGGCCGCAUAAAAUUCCUACGUCAGCGACUUAGAGAAAUUCCACGGGGAUUGACAAAUCUUUUCAGGGAUAUCUUAACCAGGGAUCGAGAAAACCUGGAAGAUCACUUUGUUUGUAUCCAAUGGAUAUUGUACGCCAAAAGACCACUAACUCCAAAUGAGCUAUACGUUGCUAUUCAAUCACAAGACGAAGAAGCCAAUUUAGCUGAGACGCCCGGUGAUCCCGAUCUCGCCAAAAGGUUCAUCCUCAGCUCCUCAAAGGGACUUGCAGAGAUGACGAGGUCUCGAGACCCAACUAUUCAGUUUAUACACGAAUCUGUGGGAGACUUUCUCCUGAAAGAAGGUGGCAUACAUGACCUUCUGGUUGAAUUCCAGAUGGCUUCCUUGCGUGUCGGCCACGAGCUACUAAAACACUGCUGUCACAACUACAUCAAAAUGAGCAUUGCGAAGGGUCACUUACUCCAAUGUGUUGAACUGCCACCAACGAAGUCAAAUGAUGCAAUUGCUCUUAGAAAAAAAACAUUAACAGCCCUUCCGUUCAUUGAAUAUGCCGUUGAGUUCGUUCUUGAACAUGCUGAUAAGGCAGAGGCUGAAGGUGUUCCACAAGACACUUUCCUUGAUGCUUUUCCCGUGGAAAAUUGGAUCUACGCACGUAAUAUGCUUGAAGAGGACCAGGCCGAUCGCUACAGCGUCGAUGCGAGCUUUUUGUACAUAUUUGCGGAUCAUGAUCUACCAAAUCUCGCCAAGGUCCAACUGCGCAGGGGGGUGUCCAUUAAUAUCUCGGGGGAGCAUCACGGUUCCCCUAUCCUAACCGCUACCGAGAUGGGUAAUACGCGCAUAUUGAAAGUUUUCACCUGCCCUGAAGGAUAUCCUAGGUUCGACGAGGAUUGGAAACAGCUUCUAG